AUGGAAAAGCCCGAAGAUUUUACAAGGGCAGGGUAUUCCACUUCAAAUGAUGGGUUGAUACUAUUGAGAGGUCGUGCAUAUGUGCCUAAAGAUGAAGAAUUGAGGAAAGAGUUAUUGAAAGAGAUGAGUCACUCCCAUUCUAGUGGUCGUAGUGGUAGCGGGGUACGAUCCCGAGGACGUGGGAUCGGAUCAUCUAGAUCACCAUCUGUCCAUCGGGAUCAGAUGCAGAAGGAAGGUGAAGAACCUUCUGCGUUGCGAUUGCUGCAGGAGACUCACCGUCGAGCUGACGGCAAAGAUCAACUUUCGCCAUCAGAAAUCAACAGCCUCUAUCUGGAGGUUGUCCAACCCGAUGCCAAAGGACGUAUAUACGGCGUCGGUGCAAUGGCGACUCAGUUGGGUGGUGGUCAUCCGGAUGCAACAUCGAUCGGUCACCACGUCUCACUCACUAAGGAGGUCGAGCUGUUGAAGAAAAAGAUUCAAGAGUUCGAGGACGAUCGCAGGAAGAUUGCUAGACUUGAAGAAGCUGAGGCACGGAUUGCGCGUUACGAGACGCUUUUCGCCCGGCUAUUUCCUCCUCGAGACGACCCACCAACGGCGCAAGAUAUGCCGUUCAACCCAUUUCUGACUCCUCAGCCCGGAGUCGGACCUUCUACGACACCAGCAGACCAAACAACCGGAUCAGACAAUCGGGAUAACUUUUUUGUUUAG